GCGGGCUCCGCGGAGCAUUGUACUCACAUCCGGGGCUGGGUUUUGCUUUAAUACGAAACGUAAUUAACCCGGAAAAAAGGGCCGAGAGACAAGAGAGAAGGAGGGGCGGGGGUGAGGGGAGAAGAGCGAGAGGAGCGGGAGGCUCGGAGAGUUGGGCAGCGAGAUCCAGCAGUGCCCCGGGAGCCACGGCCCGGCCGGCCGGGGGGCGCCCCCCCCAUGUGACCCACCCUGCCCGAGCCCCGACUGCCGCUCGGCUGGCGGCGAAACUUCUCUGCGGGUUCUGGCGCCGGAGCACCGGCCUCGCAGCGUCCGCCGGGCUGCGGGAGGGAGCGGAGCGGAGCACGUCCCAGGGUGAUGUGAGCAGAGCCUAGGAAUGCCUUAUGUGGAUCGACAGAACCGAAUCUGUGGGUUUCUGGACAUCGAGGAGAAUGAGAACAGCGGCAAGUUUCUUCGGAGGUACUUUAUUCUGGACACCCAGGCCAACUGCCUUCUCUGGUACAUGGACAACCCCCAGAACCUGGCUGUUGGAGCAGGAGCCGUUGGAUCUUUGCAGCUGACCUACAUCUCCAAGGUGAGCAUAGCUACACCGAAGCAGAAACCAAAAACUCCAUUUUGCUUUGUCAUCAAUGCCCUCUCUCAGAGGUAUUUUCUUCAAGCUAAUGACCAGAAGGAUCUGAAGGACUGGGUCGAAGCCCUGAACCAAGCCAGCAAAAUCACCGUACCCAAAGUUGGGAGCCUGCCCCUGACUACCGAAGUUAUAAAAAGCCUAGCAGCUCCUCCAGCCCUAGAGAAGAAGCCACAGGUGGCCUACAAGACAGAGAUCAUCGGAGGGGUGGUGGUACACACGCCCAUCAACCAGAAUGGUGGGGAUGGGCAGGAAGGGAGUGAGCCUGGGUCCCAUGCCAUCCUUCGAAGGUCUCAGAGUUACAUCCCCACGACGGGCAGCCGUGUUCCUUCCGGGCCCCCCCUCAUUAAGAGUGGCUACUGUGUGAAGCAAGGGAAUGUGCGGAAGAGCUGGAAGCGUCGCUUCUUUGCACUUGAUGACUUCACUAUCUGCUACUUCAAGUGUGAGCAGGACCGAGAACCACUGCGCACUAUAUUUCUCAAGGAUGUUCUCAAGACUCAUGAGUGUCUGGUCAAAUCUGGUGAUCUCUUAAUGAGGGACAACCUGUUUGAAAUCAUCACAAGCUCCAGGACCUUCUACAUACAGGCGGACAGUCCAGAAGACAUGCACAGCUGGAUUAAGGAGAUCGGGGCAGCUGUCCAGGCCCUCAAGUGCCACCCCAGAGAUAUGUCCUUUUCCAGAUCCAUCUCUUUGACUCGCUCUGGAAGCUCCAGCCACUCCGGGGGGCCCAACUCUUUCCUGUGCAGGGGGCGGCCACCUGUGGAAGAGAAAAAAGCUCUCUGCAAAGCCCCCUCGGUGGCUUCGUCCUGGCAACCCUGGACACCUGUUCCCCAGGCCGGGGACAAGCUGCUUCCCGCUGAAGAGACUCCUGGGGACUCUUUGCUCAUGUCUCGCCUUGGGGAGAGCAGUACUUCUGGGGUGUUGCCCAGCUCCCGGAUAAGGCACAGGUCGGAGCCCCAACACCCCAAGGAGAAACCAUUUCUGUUCAGCCUUGAUGAUGAGAGCAUACGGACUUCUGAUGUGUGAAAGAGCACAGUGUCCUGGGAGGGGGGGAGGACUCAAGAAAAGGAGGCCAUGACUCAGUUUCUCUACCUUUUGGAGGACAGUCAGAGACCCUUUGGCACUCAUAUUCCUGUGGAUGCUCUGUGGGGGGGUGGGGGCCAUCCAGCAGGCCUUUCAUUUUUGUUUUAAAUACCAAUACAGUGUAUUUAACUUGGGAAGUCACUAGGUUAGACCUGUAGGCAUGCACAAUGGAGAGCAGGUUGCCACCAAUUGGACUACUCUGAGGUCUUCCUGGUGAGAGGAGGUUGGGAGUGCAAUUUCAUCCCUAACCAAGUUUUAUUUCCUUGUCUUAGUUUUAGUUUCUUGCUUUAGUUUCCAGGCCAAGCACAGAAUCUUGGGCUAGUUAUCUGGUUUAUCCAAUUCCUAUUUAUUGGCCAAGGUCUGACUAUGAAGUCGGAAGGUAGUAAGUAACCCCAGCUGAAAGCAGAAGAUCCAGGCUCUAGCUUGCCUGGGAUACCUUCUGAGGGGAGGUGUUAAAAUCUGGGGGCUGAUGGGUAGCUCUCAGAAUGUCUACUAGGAUAGAUCCUCCCAGGGGACCUCCACAGGGGAAGAAAUAGGGAUCUCAUGUAAGGUAUGAGGAAAGAUUCAACCUCAGCAUAUCAGCCACUUUUGGGAAUUAAUUCUGUUACUGUCUAUGACCCUAAAUAAUGUUAACGUGAUAGACCUGCCCACAGAGUUUGUGUGUCAGACCCUGAGGAUGGGUUUAUCAGUGUUAUAAGUUACAAUUGUAGACAACAGAGCAGACAUUUCCAUUGGUAUGGCAUUAUUUGGAAGUUUGCAGAGUUGUUAAGUGUAUGAUAAUAUCCAGCGUGAUAGAUCAGAUCUCUGUUUCAGAAUGUUAGAGUUGCAUUAGAGCAGGUGCUGGGAAAAGACGGACUAUAGUUCAUCCAGAUAAACUUUUCUGAUCCAUGCUUUCCAGACAGAAGAAACGGUCUGUUUUAGCACAGAGUUCUUGAAUCCUUACUUCAUAGCUUUCUUCAGUGGGCUGAUAUUAGUCUAAUUUUAAGUGCUGUAUAUUAUAUACCCUGGCAGAUUUGCUUUCUUUCUACUCUUUUUUAUUGCCCUUUGAAUGAAGCCUUGUGUACUUGCAUGAUCAAACCUUGUAAUCUGAUAAGGUUCCAUGUACUUAACAGUGAAGAGAUGCAAGGAUAAUCUUGAGAGAUAUUUAUAUUUUUAAUAAAAUAAAAACUAUGCACAGAAACAUUAAUUUAGAGGUUCUGCAUUGCCAACUAGAGAUUUCCCAGGUAGAAAAGCAUCGAUUGCAUUUCCUGCCCAGAUUUUUGGGUAUACCUUCUUUCAUUUGACAAGAAGAUACUAUUUCCAGGGUCCCUGGGAGAAUUUGUCCAACUUACAUAGUGACCUGCUAACCUAUCAGGUUCCCUACAGGGAGAGAAAAACUAACUCAUUUCUGUCUAUGCCAUUUAUCAGCUAGAUCAGUUAAUUACCUUUAAAUUAAAAACUAAUGACUAUAGGAAGAUACCGAGAGAAACAUUUUUACCUAAGUAAAUCCCUUCCCCUUCCUUAUGUCCAGAUCUAAUGUCAUCAGAAAGCCUUAGGGGCUUGAGGGUAAUCUGUGUUCCAUUCAGGCACUGUAGUUCCCUUGAAGCCCAUGUCAUGUUGAGAACUUUUCUUGAGUGCACUGCAUUGGAGCUAUUAUUCAUUAUUAUUCAUAAUUUAAUUAUUUGGCCUAGUGGUCCUGUUAUAAAAAAGACAUCUAGUACUGGAUUUCUCUCUCUCUAUCCUCUUUUUUUCAGAUUCUUGUAUACUUUUGUCCUCAGAAAUCUAUGGUUUAGGAGAUAGUUAUUUAUGAGUGACCAAGGUUACAGCUUCAAGUAACCUGAUACGUAGUCAUUUCAGAUUCUUAAGUCUCCUUGUCUCUGGUUUCAUCCUCAGAUUUUCCUCAAGAAAAUUCUUCGGCUAGGUCAAAGAAAAUACACAAUAAUUGAUGUUGCACUAACAAAAAUAAGUUAGGAACUUUUGAGAUCCCUUUAAACAUUCCCUAACUCAUAAAGCUAUCAUCGUUUGGUGUUUAAACUGUGAAAAUGUACCCAUUUCUCUUUUGUUCAGUAAAAUCUCUGCUAGAAUACUAUUGCUAAAUUAAUUGGCUAUUAUAAUAAAGCUGAUAUGUUUCUUAUUUCAGUAGGGCCUAUUUUAAAAAUGUGUUAAAUUAAACAUACUUAUAAAUCUAGAUUAUACUCUUAUGAUAGAGGGAAACAAAGACUCUUAAUUGGCAAAUACUUGGGGAACAUUGUUAACGUAGUUCCAACACCAGAUAAAUAUAAUUAUCUUCAGUGAAGUCUAUAAGCAUUCUCAUUCCCAAACCUUAUUUCAGAAUUCCUUUUGUGCCCAUAUUUCUUACCUUCUGGCCACUUUCACAUCAAAACUUUUUAAUGUCACUACACAACGUGAGUCAAAGAUAGUGCAUAUAUAGUCAAAGCAUUUGGCUUUAAAUGUGUAUGGAACCAGAUGGAAAAAAAUAGAGCAGGGAUGCAGUAUAGGUUAGUAGUUAAGUGUGUAGGCUCUGGAAUAAAUCUGAGUUAAAAAAAAAAAAAAAGAACCAAAAAAGGUACUACAUUUUCUUUGUGUAAUAAAAACCGCUGAGUUGUGCUGUUUUCAUAAGACUUUUGAAGUGGUCUUGACCCAGUUUGUGUAACAGUAUUACAGGUGGUCUUCCUAUAAUUGAACUAUUUACCAUCCCUGUUCUUGAGAGCUUAAGGAUUUGCUUACUCAAGGUCACUUGGUGGUUGGUAAACAUUGACCUUUUGCUUCCUGUGAGACAUCAUAAACCUACUAAGAUGUAGAGUAGGUGCUGGCCAAAAUAGUGGAGGUUAUACAUUUAUUUCUGAGUAGAAUGCUACGCUCACUCACAUGAGAAAGGGCAGAGGUAAGGUCUAGCUUUGUAGUCACUUGAAGCAAAAAGGGUUUUUUUUUUUUUUUUUUUUUCUUCCUGAAUAUAACUGCUCUGCUACGGGCUAAAAGAACCUAACUUGCAGGUUCAGUAGUUGAGCGAUGGAAUUUGAUGUUUGCUUUCACUGUUGACCAGUAACACCAUUUUGGAAAUUGAGCUUCCCAAAUGAGCUUUAGUUUAUAAACUCUGAACAUGUCAAAAAUGUUUAGUAAAUCUUUUCUACCAACAUCACUUUUUUUUCUUACUCCUUUUUUCUCAAUGCUGUCGCCUGCAACAGUCAUACAGUCACUCAUGCUAAGUAGAAUUUGAAUAAAGCUAACAUUAGCAUAAAUAUACUGUUUGACCUCUUCCCCUACUGCUUAUUGAAGCUGUGGCAUGAUUCGGUGUUUUGAACCAGUAUGUUUCAGCUGUGAAAUGCACUCGCUGUAAGCCCUGAGCUGAGUGCAUGGAAACUGUUACGCUUCUCAUUUUAUGUGAUCUCCUAAUUGGUAUGUAGCAAAAAUAGUUUUCUAAAACUGUUUUGUUGCUUGUUUUUGUAAUAAAACCAUGUGAAAUACUGAAA